AUGGUUAAAGUUGCAGAAUAUGAUAACGGUUCAAUAUUUGGAUGGUCAUCUGAUGUCACACCAUAUUUAGCAACCGGUGCUGGUUCCUCAGAUUAUGACACUUUUAACACAAGCUCCCAAGUGAAUGAAAAUCAACCAACUUUAAAAUUGUGGUCUUUGAUUUCUUCCAAAAGUGAUAUUCCAGUUCUUUCCAUAGAUGUGGACUCGACUUUCAAUGAUUUAUCAUGGUCUAUUGACAAUGAAAUGAUUGCAGGUGCUAUGCAAAAUGGUACUAUUCAACUUUUUAAAACUGAUAAAAAAGAAUCGCUAGAAAAAAUAGGAUCUUUUGAAGAUGAAGCCCAAGAUAUCACCAUCAUUAAAUUUAAUAAUAAACAAAAUAACGUUUUAUUAUCUGGUAGUUCAACUGGUAAAAUUUUAGUAUGGGAUACUAAUUAUCUUAAUAAUUUGUCAUACAAACCUAUAACACCGGGAUCAGGUACUUUAGCAGCUAAACACUCUUCUGAUUCUAAAAAGUUAGGGAUUACCUCAAUAGCCUGGAAUCACUCAUUAUCUCAUGUAUUCGCCUCUGCUGCUUCAACUUCAUAUGCAUCUGUUUGGGAUUUAAAAGCUAAUAGAGAAGUUUUAAAAUUAUCUUACACCCCAACUACUAUACGUGAACCAGUGCAAAUGACUGUUGUUGAAUGGAACCCUAAAAAUUCAACCAAAGUAGCUACAGCAGGUUAUUCUUCAGACGAAAAUUCGUCUGCUAUUUACAUUUGGGAUUUAAGAAAGGCAAAUACACCAACCUCGGUUUUAUCUAAUGAUAAGUCAGACGGCCAUAGACAUCCAAUCACUUCUCUUGAUUGGUGUAGAACAGAUCCAAGAUUUUUGAUUUCAUCAUGUAAAGAUGAUUUUUCUAUUAAUUUAUGGAACCCACAGUCCGGAGAAAUUUUAUCCGGAUACUCUGUUUCAGGUUUGAAUUCAGAAAAUGAUGUUGUUAGUAAGCCAAUGGCUGUUAGAAUGGCUCCUAAGUUCCCUGAGUUGGUUGCUUAUUCUACCAAGGAAUCAAAAGUAUUGGUUAGAACAUUUCAAGAUUAUACCACUACUUUGGAUCAUGAAAAGGAGGAAUCUUUAGAGAACAAGUCUGAAGAUGUGUUUUGGAAUGAAGUUUCAAAUAUUCAAAUAAAGCAUCCAAUAAAUAAGCCACAUAUUUAUAAAAUUCUUGCUCCAGAGUGGAAAACCAAUAAAAAACCAUUGGUUAAAUGGGGUUUUGGUAAUAAAUUAGUUACUUUAACGGGCAAUGGUAAAGGAAUAAAGAUAAUGAGAGCACAAAUUAAAGGUUGCUUUCAAGAGAACACAUUGUUAGCCGAUGCCAUUGAUUCAAAAGAUUUUAAUGCAAUUAUUAAUAAAAGGUUGGCUAAAUCAAGUAAUGAUGAUAACGAAGAGGAUUGGAAUCUAAUAGAUAGAUUGGCAUUAGAUGGUAAAGAAGAAAUUUUGAUAGAAUCAAUUGCAUAUGAUGAUGAUACUUCUGAAAACGAGUCCCAAAACGAAGAUACUGACUUCUUCGCAACUUUAGAAAAUUCAUAUCAACCAAGCGGAGCUUUUAUAUUAUCAGACGGUGUUGAGAAAGAAAUUGCAAAGUAUGUAUCAAAAAAUAAUUAUCAUGCAGCUAUUAAAACUGCUUUGGCAAAUAAUUUACAUAUGGAAGCCAUGUGUAUUGCUAUGAAUAGUCAAAAUAGUAAUUUAAUAAAUCUGGUUAACAAAACUUUCUUCUCCAGCUACGGUGAAGAAAAAUCUCUGGUCAGAUUCAUGUAUUCUAAAGUCAACAAUUCAUUAGAUGACUUAGUUGAAAGCUUAGAUGUUUCACAAUGGAAAAUUGCUGCCAAUACGAUUGUAGAAAAUUCAAAUGACAAUAUAGAAAUUAGAAACUCUUACUUGGCAAAGCUAGCAGCUAAGCUAUCUUUAGCUGGCUAUAGACAAGAUUCUAUUGCUUUGUACUUAUCUGUGAAUAUAGUUAAUGAAGUAUCAAGUUUGUGGUCCCAAGAAUUCGAUGCUCUGGAGAGAAAUAUGCUAAAUAAAUCUACUAAUAACAGUUUAACGCAUACAGAAUUUUUAGAUGAAUUAAUUGAGAAAUUAGUAGCGAUUUCAAGUUCAUUAGGUAAUGAUAAAAUUAAAAUAACGGAUGACAAAGUCAUUUCAAAAUUUCUAGAAUAUAUAGAUAUUGCGUGUUCGAACGGUUCUUAUGCUUUUGCUCAAAAAAUUUUAUCAAUUUUACCAGAGGACAAUGAAGCUAUUAGAAAUGAAAAAGAACGUGUUGCUAUGUUUUUGCAUAAUACUCUAGAUAAUGACUUCUUAGAAACUGAAAAUGAAGAGUUACCUGAACUAUUCUCUAAAGCGGGCAUUCACAAUUCUUUUGCAAAGCUACAAAGCGUUUCAAGUUCAGUUGAUGCAAGUUUUCAAAAUUAUUCUUCUAACAGUUCUGUGACUUCAAAUUCAUUCUCUGCCAUUGUUAGUAACAAUGCUAAUUAUAUGCAAAACAACCAAUCCUAUCACAAUCCAGCUGUCGCAACUCCAAUUAGCUUGAAUAGUUCAAAUAACCAAAGCUUUUCUCAUAAUCCGUAUGCUCCAUCGUCAGCGUUGCAAUCAAUGUCACCACUUACAUCCGUUAAAAAUAUAUCAGGCAUAAAGAGAAUGGAUUCCUCCCAAAGUCUUUUGUCAUCCCACACUUAUCAAUCAGCAGACUUGUCAUUUGUUUCUACUCCUGUUUUACCGUUGCAAGGCUUAGUUAAGCCAACUGCAACUAUCUUAUCAAACAAUGAUACUUUUCAUCCUAAUUCUGAUAGUGCUGCUCCUCAAAAGCCAGCCAUGACAUCUGGUCAAGCACCAAGGAACAAUUUGCAAUCGAAUAAGGGUUGGAACGACUUACCAAUGAAUAUUGCAGAAAAGGUUACAAGGGCAAAAGCUGUUCAAGUUAUGCCUAUUCAACCUAUCCAAUCAGUUGGGAGUUUCCCAUUAAAGAGAGCGCAAUCGAAUUCUCUUUACCUGAAAUCCAGAACUAGCUCCAUUGCUUCUAUGAAUGGUAUUAAUCCUCCACCGCCAAAGAACCUUUCCAGAAAACCAUCCAUUAUCAAUCAACCAAAAAUAGUUACUGCAGUAUCGUCGAAUCCUUACGCACCAGCUACAUCUGCUCAUGCAAGGACACAGAGCAACUUAACUGGAAUCCCAAUUAAUUCUAAUAAUUCUAAUAACCCUUAUGCCCCUACAAGCGGUAUUGAACCACCACAAUUCUCUAAUCUAGUUCCAGCGGCACCUCAGGUCUUGCGUGAUAAUUUUAAUGGUUCUCUUGUAGGAGAAAAUAUAAUUACUCCUGCUAGCAUGUCAAUGAACCCAUACGCUCCAUCUCAACCAGAUGGCGCUUUACAAAAUAGUUUUCAUAUGAAUAGCAAGAAUGGUAUACCAGGAGAUAAUCAAACACAGCCGGUUGCAGCUAAACAAGGUCAGGAAGUGACCGCUGGCCCUCCCCCACCAUCUUUUAACAGGAAGUUCUCUAAACAAUCUGCUAAAGAUAUCAGUAACACUCCUAAUUCCAGUAAUGUAUCACUCAUGUCUCAAUAUGAUAAAUCUUCUAGCGAAAUUACUCGUGGUUCUGCUGUUGAUGCAGUAAAUGAGUUUAAACCAGUUUCCAUGGAUGAUUCAAAACAGUUGGCUUACAAUGGAAUUCAACCUGAACAAGAGCAAGAGAUUAUUAAAUACUUCCGUGAAGAAUUACAACGUGUCUCGCCAUUACUACCGCAAGAAUAUUCUAAACAACUGAAAGAUUGCAAAAAAAGAUUGCAAAUAUUAUUCCAACAUAUUGAAAAACAUACUUUAAUCACACCAUUAGUCAUGUCAAAGAUUUACCAUAUUGUUGAAUUGAUGAAAGCACAUAACUUUGAUGAAGCCUUAGAGAUACAAAAAGAUAUUUUACAAAAUCACUCCGAGGAGGCUGGUAAUUGGUUAACAGGUGUUAAAAGAAUUGUUGCCAUUUCUAAAGCUACCACUUAA